CAACUGGAUGAGGGUAAACUGUGCAGGAAAGAUACAAGGCAACCCAGCCAUCACUAAGAAUACAAUAUCAUUCCGGAACGGCUCCAAGUCUAAUAUUAUAUGUCAAAAUGCGCCUGGAAAUAGUACUUUCCCUGUAUCUCUUGGGAUCAUUGCCUUGCAAAAAUUGUGACGGCCACGUACCUUCCAAGCGUAUCAUCGACGGUCGCGUUGCACUGAAGGGUGAAUUUCCCUACCAGGUUGCGCUCGUGAUGCAAAAUGGAAAAGGUCAUUUGUGCGGUGGGGCCAUAUUGGAUGAGGACACUAUCCUGACAGCAGCACAUUGCUUCAUGACGAUGGGACCGUGGCCGAUGCUCUAUGCGAUCGCCAUCGGGAAACUCGUGGUAUCUUGGCGAAAGGAUGAAAACUACUAUAAGGUCAAGGCGAUCAGGGUUCACCCAAACUAUCACAUGCGGCCUGGAGUCAUCAUGCCUGAUGAUGUUGCAGUUGUGAAGCUGGAAAAGAAGAUUAUUUUCACUGAUGAGAUAAAACCAAUAGAAUUACCUAAGACUCGAAAAGAUAUGCCAAAGAUCGGAACAGAAUGCGUGAUUGCUGGAUUUGGAGCACUGCCUGGAGGCCUGAUGGCCCAGCAGCUGAUGUAUGCUGAGAUGAACAUUGCUAGGAUUGGCGAGUGCAUCAACUUCUACAGUACCAUCGGUUCACCUAUCCCCAGCCCUCACACCCGAUUGUGCGUAAACGGUCAGCGCUGGAGAAACGUCUGCUCCGGAGACGCCGGUGGCCCAUUGGCUUGCAAGCGGCCCGACGGCAGGCUUGUGGUGGAUGGGAUCGUCUCUUACGGCAUCGGGUGCAACACGCCGCCACCUUCCCAGAGUCCUACCAUCUUUACACGGGUCAGCAGCUUCCUCCGGUGGAUAGAGCAAAACAGGUUGAUGUAGAGAAACUCUCAAGCGAAUCUCGACGACCGGGACAGCUCUCGGGGACGUUCUUGAGUCGAUUUAGAUCCGUAGCCACCAGAGUUACAAUUUGUAUCUUAUUUUGCAUGUGUUGCAUAUUCGUUGAUAGAAAAAAUCAUGACAAUUCUA